AUGUCUAACAGCCCCCCUACCCACACAACCCCUAACUCAGCCCCUCAAGAAGGCCUCCCAGCCCCUGUAGGAGACCCUCAAAACCCCUCAGGCCCCCAAGAAGACCCCUCAAUCCCCCAAGAAGACCCCUCAAUCCCCCAAGAAGACCCCACAGACCCCCAUGAAGGACCUCAAAGCACCUCAGACCCCCAAGAAGACCCCUCAGACCCCCAUGAAGGACCUCAAAAGGCCUCAGCCCCCCAGAAGACCCCUCAGGACCUGAAGCCCCCCACCAAAGACCACUCUGGAACUCAAGAUGCCCUCAAGCCCUAA